UGGUGUUUCAUUUGCGGAAAACUUGGAGAAUUCACUUGCUGUAAUGGUAUUGUCUACUGCAGCAAAACAUGCCAGAGUAUAGAUUGGGAACGACACUCAAAAGAAUGCUGCUGCAAUGUGCAAGUUUAGGAUAAGUAUUGGUGGAACCUACAGGUUAUGUGUCACUGCUGGUACAGUUAGAGAAAGGCUUUCCUAGUUGCAGGCAAAUAUUUUCUUAAAGUACUUUUUAAUUAAGGGUAUGACAUUAGAGGGAAUGAUCAUUGAUCAUUUGAUGCACUUGGCAAAGCACUUUGCUUCUGAAUGUUCUUUCUUUUCUCUUUUUUUCCUUCUUUUUCUUUCUUUCCUUCUUUUUAUUUUUAUUUUCCUUUUAAAAAGUAUCUACUGUUACAGCAGGUAUUCAUAUUAACAGAUUUGAUAAAGAUCCAUAUUUUUUUGUAUACUACUUUUUAAAAUUAUAUCAAUACUUUGUGUGUUGUCAAAUGCACAGAACCUGCACACAUGCGUGCACACACACAUAUAUAAAUAUAUGCAUGUACACACAUACACACACUCAUACAUAUACAUACACACACGUACACACACAAUUACACAACCAUACAGACACGUACACAUAC